CCCCGCUCGCCACUCCCAGACGCCCACAGGUCCACCAGCGCGGCGGUGGGCCUCCGGCGGCCGAGGGCCCACCGAGAGCGCCGGGGGCCCCGUCUUUCUCGGGGUUCCCAGGUCCCCCGCGAUAGGGCGCGGAGGCGAUCGCGCAGGGGCUCGAGCGGGACGGUGCCGUGGCGAGGAGGAGGAGGAGGAGGAGGAGGAGGAGGAGCACGAGAGCGAACAGCGCGAGAGCGAGCAGCACGAGGGCGAGCAGCUCGAGAGCGAACCGCAGGCGAGCGAGAUCGCUCCUCGCGCGCUGCGGCCCCUGGCCGAAGAGCCGCCCCUCAUCCAAGGGGGUCCCGCGCCGAGCGCGCGGAGGGAGGGCCCGCGGGCGCGGGGCGCAGAGACGGACGGUCGGGAGUUUCCUUGAGUCGAGCUGCGGGGGCUGCCCGCGCCGUCCGGCACGGCGAGGCCCCCCGGGAAAACCGCGCCGUGCACGCCGAGGCCCACCCCCGCGGGAGCCGCGGCAGCGCCGCGAGGUGCUCCGCCCUCGGAGGGCGCGCGCUCGCGGGCCCACAGGGAGGACCACGAGGGGGCACGCUCUCGCGACGCGACCUGCCCUCCCAGGCCCCCCCCAGUAAGUCGAGUAGGGGUCGACCACAGGAGUGGUUUACCCCAGAACGGACAUUUCUUCCAGGGCCAGGAGAUAAGAUCACUCAAAAGUGCCCUGUGCGAUCGCGGACACUUGAACAAAGGGCUCAGCCCGCUUCAGGGAUGAACCCG